UAAAGAUGGGAGGCAAGCUCAGCAAAAAGAAGAAGGGAUACAACGUGAACGAUGACAAGACCAAAGACAAAGACGCCAAAGCCGAGGGGGCAUCUGUCGAGGAGAGCGAAGCACCAAAAGACAACAAGGAUGAAGCUGCGCCCACCACCGACUCCAAGGAGGUAGCCAACGACACGGCGGCCAAAGAGGCACCAGCGGCAGAUGCCGCGGGACCUAAAGAGGAGGACAAGAACGCCGCUCCUGCCGCCAAAGAGUCUGAGAAACCAGCUGCCAAUGCCGAGCCGAAAGCGGAGGCACCUAAAGGCGCGGAGCCCGCCAAGGCCGAAGAGAAAGUAGCAGCUCCCGCCCCGGUGAAAGAGUCCGCCCCUGCGGCUAAGGAGCCGGAGGCCAAGGCCACAAGUCCUGCGCCAGCGGCUGAGAGCAAAGACGAGGCCGACGCCAAAAAGACUGAGGCCACCGCGGCUCCAGCAGCGCCCACUGCCGCCUCUCCUGAGCCCAAACCCACGGAGGCCGCCUCUGCCCCUGCAAAGGAGGUCAACUCUGCCCCUAGUUCAACACCAGCCGCCGAACCUGCCGCACUGGGCAAGGAGGCCAAUGCCACAGAGGCACCGAGCAAGGAUCAAACCGUAGCAGUUCAAGAUUAAUGGACAGCUUCUUUUUCGGAAACGAAGAAAUAAACGUACCUAACACGACGAUGGUGAAGUAAAAAAGAAAAAAAAUCAAAAAAGGAUGAAAAUGAAGUUAACUUAGCCCUCCCAUAUUAUGAUAAGAAUGAUGAUAAUAAUAAUUGUAAUAACGAUGAUGACGACGACGAUGAUGAUGAUGCGUUGAAGGAGGAGGAUGGGGGUAUGACCACCUCCAGAAGGACGUUUCCCCGCUGCUGAUGAUAUUACUCUUAUUAUUGUUAUGUUUUGUUCUAUUUUUUUCUGCUGUAGUAUUUGAACUUUGAUACGAGUCUGUGUUGACCAUACCCCAGCCCUCUUCAUUCCACCUCCCAUCAUCCCUCUCUUUCAUACAUUUAACUGAUCUCACCUGGCUCCCAUCUCCAUCCGCAGGGGAUCCUCCUCCCCGUGGGCAGACAGUCUGUUCUGCAGAGAUCUGACGCAGAAACAGGGGGAACAGAUAAAGAGAUGGGGGAGGGGGAGAGUAAAGACUUUUUAAAACAGCUGGAAAUAUAGUGAGUCCACCCGUCCACUCUUUGACUCCCCUCCACUCCUCCUCAGCCGUUCAUGUCUCGGCUUUGAGCUCUCGGUAACCUGCGGUUUCUUUUCAGCUUUGGAUUUGUGGUAACGCUCGUUUUUACUAAAGCAGCUGUCUGUAGUCGCCAGGGCUUUCUGGGAGUAUUUUGAGGGGUCGUUUUUCCUUAACUUGCUCCCCGUUUUACUUUCGGGUCAACACCGUUCAUUUUCCAGAUGACCAAAGCCGAGGCGAACAUUUCCAGAGGGGGCAAUUCUGUUGAGCGGUGCGACGUUCUUCAGGUGUUUUAAUACGUUUCAGUGGUAGAGAAUGAGAAAAACACUGGGGUUACUCUCUGGAUUUUGUACUGAGACUGCUCUGAAUUUUGUUGAUAAACCAAAUGGUCGAAUAGUUCACAAUGCUAUUACAAAUUCUGCUUUCACUUCUAAUGGAAGCCCCUUCUCUGCAGCAUAGUCUGUCUCUCUCACUUGGGCCUGUUCUGGAUCAGACUCCGAAACCGUUUUUAUCAACCAAGCAAACUUGCACUUGCAAAAUUUUUUGAAAAGGUCUAAUUAUGUGAUAUCCAUUUAAGAGGACUUACCCACUGCAGACCUGGGCCACGUAGUAGUAUACACAAACAACCCCUGGCGUUUAAGUCUGUUUAUUUUAACCUUUGUGAAACACUGGACAAAUACUCUGCCGCAGUCAUCUUGACCUGCUCACAUUGUGGAAAGAUGUGGCGAUAGAGUUCUGGAAGAUCUUGCAGUCGAGUUCUGAAA